AUGGCUACCCCUAGUGUUCUAGUCUUUGAUGCUGAGGGUCGGGCUGUUGACUUUGAGGUCUGGGUCGAUGAUCUACAACUUUUACUACAGUGCGAUAGGAAGGACGGUCUCUCACUGUUCGAUCUCAGGUCUGGCGCCUCUACUGCCCCUGCUGCCGAUGCUGACAGCACUGUUCGCUCCCAGUGGGCCACACGCGAUGGUGCUGCCCAUCUUGCUGUGCGUAGUUACUUGCCGUCCACUGAGCGCGCGCACUUUAGUCAGUACAAGAGUGCUAAGACCUUAGAGAGAGAGAGAGAGAGAGAGAGAGAGAGAGAGAGAGAGAGAGAGAGAGAGAGAGAGAGAGAGAGAGAGAGAGAGAGAGAGAGCGUUUAUGUAUUUGAGGACCGAGUAGAACAAUAA